UUAAAUCGCGCGAGAUGAAUUCAAAAUAACGCGGGAUCCUAAACGUCAACGUCCGUUCAAAUGGGUGGCUAAGCUAUUUUCCCCCAAUUUCAAGCGUGAGACGCUGCGUCUCAAACUUACUAUUUUUGGGUAGUGACUGUCAAAAAGUAGUCACUUGCUUCGCCGCCGAUUUAUCGUGAGCAUAUUACCAGGAAAAGCGAGUAAGCUCACGUAAGUAAGCGACUCGAGAUGGAUUCGACGGAGAACUUGUCUCCUGGGAUUCUUCUCCGACAUAUACUCAGGACCGAGCCACUCAGGACUCCCGUCACCCGCAGUGUUUCCAAAGAGCAGAGGCGCACAUUAACUCGCAGCACCAGAACGAGAGCCAAAGAUGGACCUGCACGGACCCCGCAGGACAUUAUGAGGCGUAAGAUGCGUGAGAGCAUAUCCAGGAAAUCUCUGCCACGGACAAAAAGAUCUGCCUCUGCCCGGUUGAAAACGGCAAUCACGCCGGCCUCGUCCUCAAUGUCAUUUGACGAGGCAGACACGCCAAGGCACCUUCUAAGGAAGAUCCUCCAGACAGAACCAACCAAGUCACCCGUGGUUCACCACGAAGCUGCGCCAAUGAAGCCGCAGCCGCCUGCAGCGGACUCCAGCAUUGCCAACGAGCAUCCAAGCGUUGAGCUGUCCGGCUUGGACUUGCCCAAUUUAACGUCCGACAUGGCAGCGAGCCAGGAAAAAGGCCUGAAGAGGAAGAGACCACGUCGCAGCUUCAGCGUAACCGCCUUCGAAGAGCGCCUCAACCAUAAUGACGAUGCUGAAAAGGAGUCGGACAAAUCGACGCGAGGCGACUUCUCGCUUUCUUUGUCAAACUCCUCUUUGCUGAGUCUAAAAACGCCCUUUGUGAAUGAUCAGUCCGAGAGAAAAGGCCUGCGGAGGAGAGCAUCUUCCCGUCAAAGAAUCACUGAACACAAGUUUGCCGAUGCCGUAAAUAAGAUGCAUUUAGAUCACGGAGCCAGCAGUUCUAUGCAGGGCCAGCCCGGCCUCGGUGAGACCAUCACUCUGGGUCCGAGCGAGGUGGGUGACCUGGAAGUUGGCGCUGACAUUAUCCACUGCAACACCGCCCUCUAUGCCAUGCCUGACGCCACCGCCGCCCCCGACCUCGCCGCGGUCGCCACGCAGGACAAGUCCACGGUCCUGGCGUCUCAGAUUCAGAGGGUGUCGGAGCAGGAUGGGCAGAAAGAGCUCGACGCCGGGAGUCAACUCCCGGAGGUGUCUGAGAGCCAGGCGAGGAGGGCCACCGCCAAUUAUGAAGACCAAGCGGCGGUUUCCCAAUCUGAGGGUGAAGCAGCCGGAUUGGAACCUGAGGAAGGUGAAGUGGAAGGGAUGGCUCUGGAUUCUCCAACUGAAGAAACAGAGUGUGAAGAAACAUCUGCAGAAGAGGGGGAGGCCGCCGUGACAUCUGAAGAGAAGGAGGCUGGCGUCGACUCGGAAACCGAAGACGUGGUUGAGUCUCAGCCUGAAGAGGAGGUCGCUGCCCCCCCUUUGUCUGAGGAAAGCGACAUGGCCCAAGAGGAGAAUGACGGGCAGUGGCAGCAGGAGGAAGAUGAAGCUGAUGAAGAGGAGGAAAGAGAUCAUAACGUGCAACACGAGGAACGGCGAGCUCAUCGAUCUGUGGGCGCACUUGUCGUGCCUGUUGCAGAGGAUGAGGACACGGAGCCCGACAUGAGGACUCCACCAUUCGUUCGUGAGAAAAUGACCUUUGACCUCCCAUAUCCGACUGCGCCCACCAUAUUGAAGCCUCAAGCCAGUACUUCCACUGAAGAUCAACCGCCAGCCAAACCAAAACGAGCGAGAAAGCGGAGGAGUGGCGCGGCGGCGCGGAGGGACGUUGGCGUUCCCAAGAGCUACCUGAUGAGCACCUUUCGCCACUUUGCCAAAACCAGGGUCUCUGCAGAUGUUUACCCCGUCUUGAGGGACGCAAUGGAGAAAUUCCUUGAUCGGAUGGCGGAGGACCUGGAAACAUUUGCCCUUCACGCCGGGAGAAAAACCAUUGAGGUGGAAGACGCCAUUCUGCUGUUGAAAAGGCAGGGUCAUGUCAACGACAAGGUGCCGGUGGAAGUGCUGAUUGAAAAAUACCUUCGCAUGGAGCAGCGCAAGCUCCUCAUCCCCAUAGCAACCAGGGGCAACGUCGUCGUGCCCAAAAUGAGGAAAUGAAUUAUCAACAUUGAGGGUGAUUUCUGUUCAAAAAAAGAAAAAACAC